UUUCUUUCCUCUUUUUUUUUUUUAAUAGUAAACAUGACUUCUUCUAUUUUCCCACAAUCGUUUCCUUCCAAAGACAAUGCUCAAAUGACUCUAAGUCAAGAAGGUCAUUUGUUUGUAUUGCAUUUGCAUCAUAAAGACAAUCGCUUUACUCCCGAAUUCUGUCGUAGUAUUUUGGCCGCUCUUCAAGUAGUAGAAGACAUUUACAUUGCUGCUGAUGAACCUCCUGAAAUGGCUUUGGUGACAGUGGGAAAUGGCAAGAUCUUUAGUAAUGGUCUUGAUUUGGUCUACACUGUGUCUUAUCAACCCUUCAUGGAUAUUUACUUUUCUAUGCUCAAGAAAUUAUUGACUUUUUGUAUCCCUACAGUAGCUGCUUUGAAUGGACAUGCAUUUGCUGGUGGAUGUAUCUUUGCUCUUUGUCAUGAUUAUCGAGUGAUGCGAUCAGAUCGUGGUUAUAUUUGCAUGAAUGAAGUUGAAUUUGGUGCACCUUUACCUCCUGGCAUGAGUUCCGUCCUACAACAUAAAUUAUCACCCGUGACAUUCCGCAAUAUGGUAUUACGUGCUCAUCGAUUCAAUGCAAAAGAAUCUUUGGAACAAGGUUUGGUCGAUGUUGCUGUGCCUGAAAAUGAAGUCUUACCCAAGGCAAAAGAAGUCGCUUUGCAAGUCGCCAAAUUCGCCAAAUCUGGUGGUUCUGCUUAUAAACAAUUGAAAGAUCAGAUGUACUUUGAAGUCGCACAACAACUAUCUGUACCAUACCAUCGCUUGGCUUCUCGUUUGUAGACAGAUACCUUUUUUUGUUGAUGAUCCUAUUACAAAUUUAUUUGUUUCGUCUUUGUGGU